GGCUUCAGAGGAGAGGAGCAGCGGGUCCGCGGCUCGUCACUGUGGGACUUGUUGGACGCCGCGAUGCUGCUGCCGCCGGGAGGAAGACGCCGGGCUCUGCUCCUCCAUGCCUGCCUGCUGCAGCCCGCCGUGCUGCUGGCCUUCAACCUGGACUCCGCUCAGGUCAUCAGGAAGGACGGGGAGCCGGGGAGCCUGUUCGGCUUCUCUCUGGCCAUGCACCGGCAGCUCAACCCCGAUAAAGCCAUGGUGUUGAUCGGCGCCCCGAGAGCCAGAGCUCUGGGAAGACAGAAGGCCAGCGUGACGGGGGGGCUUUACAAAUGUGAAAUGACACAGUCCAACCACUGUGAGCGCAUCGACUUCGAUAAUGAAGAGGACCUGCGUAUUGAGAAUAAGGAAAAUCAGUGGAUGGGGGUGACUGUGCAGAGCCAGGGGCCUGGAGGAAAGAUAGUGACGUGUGCCCACCGCUACCAGAGGCGUUUGUUCGUCAACACCCCCCAGGAGUCUCAUGAUAUCACGGGCCGCUGCUACGUCCUGAGUCAGGAUCUGACCAUCGACUCGUCCUCUGACGAGGACGGAGGCAACUGGAACUUCUGCGAGGGCAGAGCCAGAGGCCACGAGAUGUUCGGCUCAUGCCAGCAGGGUCUGGCCGCCACUUUCACCAAGGACUACCAUUAUGUGGUGUUUGGAGCACCGGGAGCUUACAACUGGAAAGGGGUCGUGCGGGUGGAGCAGAAGAACAACACUCUGCUGGAGAUGGGGAUUUAUGACGACGGCCCGUAUGAAGUCGGUGACGAGCACCUUUUGAAUCCCGAGCUCGUGCCGGUGCCUGCAAACAGCUACCUCGGAUUCUCCCUGGAUUCGGGACACCACCUCACCCGCAGUCGCAGCCUGACGGUGGUGGCCGGAGCUCCCAGAGCCAAUCACAGCGGCGCCGUGGUGCUGCUGAAGAAGGAGAGCGACGCCUCCGCCAGGCUGCUGGUGGAGCACAUUCUGCACGGGCCUGGACUAGGCUCCGCCUUUGGAUACGACCUGGCUGUCGUUGACCUGAAUGGUGAUGGAUGGCAGGACAUCAUUGUCGGGGCUCCUCAGUUCUACAUGAAGGAUGGAGACGUUGGAGGAGCCGUUUUUGUUUACAUCAACAAAGCAGGAAGGUGGGAAAGAGUCACUCCUCUCCGUCUGAAUGGGACCAAAGACUCAAUGUUCGGCCUGGCUGUGGAGAGCACUGGAGAUAUCAACCAAGACUCAUAUGAAGAUUUUGCCGUCGGAGCCCCACACGAUGACGACGGGACUGGAAAAGUUUACAUUUAUCACGGAUCCGAGCAGGGAAUUAAAACCAGUCCAGCUCAGAUUCUUUCUGGAAGAGAGCACAGCAGUCGCCUCUUCGGCUAUUCCCUGGCAGGGAACAUGGAUCUGGACGGUAACUGGUAUCCAGACCUGGCUGUCGGCUCGCUCUCAGACACAGCCUUCAUAUACAGGGCAAGGCCGAUCAUUAGCAUCAGGAGAGACGUCAAAAUAUCUCCCCAGGAAAUCGACCUUACAAUUAAAACCUGUGGUGACAGCAUCUGUUUAACUGCGGACCUGUGCUUCUCCUACAAGGCGAACCCAGCGUCUUACAGCCCCAAAAUAACGCUCGGUUAUUCCGUCGAGGCGGAUGGAGAUCGCAGGAAACAGGGGCUGACCUCCAGGGUGAUGUUUCUCAACAAAACCCGCACCGAGUCCGACUACCAGCUCAACGGCACCGUGGACCUCCGCGGCCAGAACCAGGAAUCCUGCGUCAAGAUCAAAGGCAGACUGAGGGACAACAUUAAGGACAAGAUGCGCAGCGUUCCCAUCGAGGUGUCCGUAGAAAUCCUCGGUGCCAGACGCCAGAAGAACAGAAACGGCCUCCCUCAGCUCAUGCCCAUCCUAAGCUCCACUCAGUCCAGCAAACACGUCACGCAGGUCAACUUUGUCAAAGAAGGAUGUGGGAGAGAUCAUAUCUGCCGGAGUAAUCUGAAGAUGAAAUACAGUUUGUACUACAAACCCAACAACCUGGACGAGUACUUCCCGUUAAAUAAAAGCAAGAACAACUUGCCCGAGUUUCAUAUGAAUUACGAGAGGAAGGACUUGGCGGUGCGGGUGACCGUGAGCAACAUGAACGGCGACGACGCUUACGAGACAAAGCUGGUGGGAAGCUUCCCCGACACCCUGCCAUACUCUGGAGUCCGCUCGCGUCUGACAAAGGAAAAGCAAAUCCUGUGUGAUGCCGAUCCGUUGGGCACUCAGGCAGAGUGUGAUCUUGGAAAUCCUUUUAAGAGAGACUCGGAGACCACCUUCUACAUCAUCCUGAGCACGGCAGGUUUGAGCCUGGAGACCACUGAGCUGGAGAUUGACCUGCAGCUCCAAACGACCAGCGUGCAAGAAAAUAUCCCACCUGUGAAAAUCAAGGCCGAGGUGAUCACGGAGCUGCCUUUGUCCGUCAGCGGUGAGGCCAGUCCCAGUCAGCUUUCUUUUGGAGGCGUGGUGCGAGGAGAGAGCGCCAUGAAAUCAGAAGAGGAGGUCGGAAGUUCCAUCAGAUAUACGUUCACUAUAAACAACUUGUGGAAGUCUUUGAUCCCUUCAGUCAAAGCCUCGCUCCACAUCCACUGGCCCAAACUGAACAAAGACGGGAAGUGGCUCCUGUACCUGAUGGAGGCUUCCAGCUCCGAGGGCAGCGUCUGCUCUCCGGAGUCUGAGAUCAAUCCUCUCAAACUCAUCCAGAAAUCCAGCCUGUCCCGGGCAAAACGAGAAACUCCGAGAAAAGACAGAAAAGCUGAAAGGAAAAUGUCUCCUCUGUCUGACAAGAGCAAAGUGAAAGUUUUGUCCUGUGAGAAGGAGCUGAGGUGUGUGGUGUUCAGAUGCCCUCUGCUGGGACUCGACGGUACUACCAUUAAACUGAAGUCCCGGCUGUGGAACUCGACCUUCAUUGAGGAUUAUGCCUCUGUUUCAACCUCGCUGCUGGUCGUGAAGGCCUCCAUCGUGCUUCACACGCAGGCUGAAAACAUAAUCCUGAAGACUCCUGACACCACUGUGACGGUGUCGGUGUCCCCGGACAGCGAGGUGGCGCAGUACGGAGGCGUUCCCUGGUGGAUCAUACUGGUGGCGGUCCUCGCAGGGAUCCUCAUUUUGGCCCUGCUGGUGUUUCUGCUGUGGAAGUGUGGAUUCUUCCAGCGCUCCAAGCAGGACGACAGCGUCCCACGUUACCACGCGGUGCGGAUAAGGAAGGAAGCCCCCGAGUAUCAGGACGGGAAAGUCAAACUGGACCCGUUUGAGAGGAAGCAGUGGAUGACGACAUGGAUCGACAAUGAAAGUUACUCCUGAGUGUUUCCUGCCGAUGAUGCUUCUCUCCGUUUCUGACAGGCCACAAAAUGAACUGUGAUGUUUGUUUGUUUUUUUUAAAUAUUGGUGAACAGGUGUUUUUUCCAGGGAUUAGUUGGGUUUAAUCCCACAUUUUUUUGUACACUGUAAAAUCAAUAUUUUUGUAAUUGUUGUAUAUAUUUACACUGUGUAUUUAUUUUUUUUUGAUAAAAAAAAAAGGGGGGGGGAAUGAAUCAUGCCACCAAAGUUUUUACCACUCAUGUCUGGUGCAGCAUUACUGAUGUUAGCGUUGUACUGUCCAACUUCAAACCUCCAGUCUAUGCAAGGAAGGUACACUGUAACAUGAAUGUAAAUCAGUACACAGUUCUCAUUUACUUUUAAUACUUUCCACUGAAACGCUUCUUUUCCAUUUUGACACGAUGUUUAGGUACAUUAUAAAUGACCACAGCUAACUCCUGUUUGUCCUGUUCAGUUCUCACCUCAAGGUAGGAAUCACUGCUUUAGAUCAUCACUGGUAUAAAUAACUCCGCUUCGCCACCUCGACAUGAGGGACGCAAAGGGAAGAGUGAAAAAAAAAA